GGGAGCCGUCCUCUGCGAGGGCUGCAGGCGAACCGGGCGCAGCCCGUUUGCUGCCGGGCCGCCAUGGCGGGGGCGUUGGCCCGUAAGGCCGCGGACUAUGUGCGCAGCAAGGAGUUCCGAGACUAUCUGAUGAGCACGCACUUUUGGGGCCCAGUAGCCAAUUGGGGACUUCCUGUUGCUGCUAUUAAUGACAUGAAGAAAUCUCCAGAAAUCAUUAGUGGCCGAAUGACAUUUGCACUGUGUUGUUACUCCUUGGCUUUCAUGAGAUUUGCCUACAAAGUGCAGCCAAGGAACUGGCUUCUCUUUGCAUGCCACUUGACUAAUGAAGUUGCACAACUUCUUCAAGGAGGGCGACUGAUCAAAUACAGGUUGGAGAAAAAGAACUAAAUAUCUAACUUGAACUAAGCCAAGGAAUAUGGUCAUCCUGAAUUACAACCAAGGAAGAUCUGCCAUCUACAGUUGCUGUGACAAAGACAAUGGGGAUAAAACAAAAGCACCUGUUGUGAAUGACCCCAUCAAUAAUAUUUCUAAUUUUUAUCUUGCCUUUUUAAAAGUACUAUACAGCAAUGGGAACCACUGCUUCUAAUGUUUUGUUGCCUUAUUUGUCCUUAGUAACUACCCUUCUGAGUUUGUUACUCAAACAACCAGCACUAUUUGAAAACAAAUUUCUUAUUAUGAAAAUAAAAUAGCUUGUGAUGGCUUCACCAACUUGUUUCCAAAUUAACUGGAACAGAGGUCAGUAAAACAGAACUGUAGGUGGUAUUAUUCUAUACAUUAACAUAUACUUAAAAGCCAUUUAACUUGGGUGCAUUCAUUCCUAGUCUCUUUUUUUUUUUUUUUUUUUUUAUUUAACUUAAGCAGUGGCUUGCUAAUCUCCAAGAACAAAUGUGCAGACACACAGCCUGGAAGCAGCCAGCUUUCCCUCUUACUGCAUGCCUUGUCUCAGUAAAGAGACAUAUAGGUAACAAUUUUUAAGUUGCACAUUACUUAAAGAUGGUGAAAAGCAAAAGCAUAGCACUGAAUUCUAUCAAAUUCUACAGAUCUGUAGAAUCUGUACACAUCAAUCUAUUCUACAAAGUCUGAUACUGUUUUCCAGGUUAUUCUAAUUUGUUUUACUACUGCUUGAGUUCUAGAUGUAUGUAAUCUUUAUUCAGUCAAGAACUUACUUAACUUGAGUCUGGGAUGUGAAGGACACAAGGUGCCUUUCAUUAGUUUUUGUUUAUGUCACUGAAGAGUGAUUUUCAUGCAUGACCUGCCUGAAAGUUACAUUGUUGUUAAAAAUGUAGAUGACAAAGAAUGUACAUGGUGGGAUUUAUUUUGGUGCAGUGUUUUGAACAAUAAAACAUAUUCCAAAUGGCAAUAAACCAUCUCAAAUUGUGAA